AUGGAUCAAGAAUUUGAAGGAGUCAAAAGACCAUGGAGUCCCAAGGAGGAUGAAGCAUUGCGCAAGUUGGUGAAACGACAUAGUGCUCGAAACUGUUCUUUGAUAUCGAGGUCGAUCUCCUGCCGUCGGUCACAAUUGUGCAACCAACUAUCAUCGAAAGUCGAGCAUCGCGCUUUCACACCGGAGGAAGACAGUAUCAUCAUGGGGGGCCAUGCCCAUGCAGUUAGGAAUCAUUGGAAUUCGACGUUGAAGCGGAAGCUAUCGGUGGCGGAAGAUGGAGAUUCAAUUCAAGAACUGAAGAAACGAUCAACGAAAUCUCCGAGAAUGGAGAGUCCUUCGGGUUCUGAAGAGAGCGAUUUGGGAUCAAACGUUGUCAAGUCGAAUCGACAUUUUGUUGUCACUGAUGUUUCAACAGAGCUUACUCUCGGACGGUCCUGGAACAAAUCGUUCGAUGUUAAUAUCAUUAACUCAUCAGGGAAGAAGAAUGAACAUGAACAACCAUUAGCGGAAAAUCAAGUUGGUGGGAUGAAGAUGACGGAGACGACACUUGCACUGACAGUGGAGAUGGCAAUUCAAGAGAUGAUCAGAAAAGAAGUGAGGGAUUACAUGGCUGAGUUUUCUGUUAAGAGCCAAAACGUGAGGAAUUCCUGGGGUUAA